AUGGUGUUUCCCGGAGGUGAUUUGCUUCCCUUGAAGGGACGCAUGUACAACAGUACCGCCCACACAGAGGUCAAAGAAGCACUAUAUCCCGGUACUACCACAACCCUUGUUUGCAAGGCAUGGCUCCUAUCUAGUCGGGAAUACCUUUUUCAAGUGGUAGCCCUCAACCACCAAAAUGUCGAUUCCUUCACAUCACUCAUCAUCAGCUCACUUUCUACCAUUCCCCCGCAUGUCAAGCGCCUCCAACUUGUCCCAGAACACAUAGACCGUCGGUGGCUACGUCGGUUGGUACCAUUCCUCGAGGUAUUGACAUCCGUCACCAUUCUGCGUCUCGAGAAUGUUGAUUGGGUUAACUUGCCCCCAACGUCUCGAGCCAAUCUCCUUUCCAACUUUCGGCUUACCCUCACUUGCCUACAUUUACGGGAUAUCGUCUUCGAGACAUUUGGCCAGGUGGUCGACAUCAUAUGCGAGUUCCCUCUCCUGCGCUCCGUCGACCUGGAGAGAGUCCAUUGGGGAGAUUGUAAAUCCGUGGUCGUUAAACGUCUUCCCCCACUGGUAACAAAGUUACGAUUGCAAGCAUGCCCCCUGCGCAAAUUCCACAGUUGGCUCAUGUCCCAAAGGCCCAUACCCAUUAUCGACCAUUUAGACGUCGGUCCUAUUGACGAAUCUGAUAUAUUGACAGUCGCCAGAUACCUAGUGUUCCUUGGCCACAAGCUGCGUACUCUCAAAGUAUCGUUCAAAUGCGGAGAGAACGGACAGAGGUGUCCAGAUAAUGUCGUCUUUGAUGCAAACACCUCUCAGACACCCACCUCACUCGAUUCCAAAGACAACUCAAGCUCUAUACUUAACGCUGAGUUUAGGAAACGUGUCGGGGGCGGAACAUGUUCAAGUGUGAGCCGGUUGACAGGCCUUCGCUCCAUUCACAUCAAGGAUUUCGUGCAAGCUAGCUCAGGCGCCACCCAUCGCGGUGUCAGGACCCUGGUCUGUCAGGUCGUUCGGUUUACAAGAAGUCGUUAUGGAAGUCACGCUUGGAAAAGUUGCAGAGCUCGACGUGCUCACCAUUGA